AACUCAUGGCUGUUUUUUUUUCGCCCCCAACAGGAACUCAAGCCCCAGAGUCAUUAUAACCAUGGCUACAGUGAGAAUGUGGGGCGCAAGAGCCACGUGGAUGACUACAGUACCUGGGACAUCGUCAAAGCCACGCAGUAUGGGAUCUUUGAGCGCUGCAGAGAGCUGGUGGAGGCAGGCUAUGAUGUUCAGCAGCCGGACAAAGAGAACGUCACACUCCUGCACUGGGCUGCCAUCAACAAUCGAAUAGACUUGGUCAAGUACUACAUAUCAAAGGGGGCGAUGGUGGACCAGUUGGGAGGUGACCUCAACUCCACACCACUGCAUUGGGCCACAAGACAGGGCCACCUCUCCAUGGUGGUGCAGCUGCUGAAGUAUGGGUCCGACCCCUCGCUCAUCGACGGAGAGGGCUGCAGCUGUGUCCACCUGGCUGCCCAGUUCGGACACACCUCCAUCGUGGCUUACCUCAUCGCCAAGGGACAGGAUGUGGACAUGAUGGAUCAGAAUGGAAUGACUCCCUUGAUGUGGGCAGCUUACAGGACACACAGCGUGGACCCCACUCGGCUACUGCUGACCUUCAACGUGUCGGUCAACCUGGGUGACAAGUACCACAAAAACACGGCUCUGCACUGGGCCGUGUUGGCCGGCAACACCACAGUCAUCACCCUGCUGCUGGACUCCAACUCCAAUGUGGACGCACAGAACAUCAAGGGUGAGACGCCGCUGGACCUGGCCAAGCAGAGGAAAAACGUGUGGAUGGUCAACCAUUUACAGGAGGCUCGGCAGGCCAAGGGUUACGACAGUCCUGGCUACCUGAAGAAGCUGAAGAUGGACAAGGAGUUCAGACAGAAGAUCAUGUUGGGGACCCCCUUCCUGGUGAUCUGGCUGGUGGGCUUCAUCGCUGACCUGGACAUCGACUCCUGGCUCCUCAAGGGCCUCAUGUACUGUGGCGUGUGGGUCACUGUGCAGUUCCUCUCCAAGUCUUUCUUUGACCACUCCAUGCACAGCGCCCUGCCUCUGGGAAUCUACCUGGCAACCAAGUUCUGGAUGUACGUGACCUGGUUCUACUGGUUCUGGAUUGAUAUCCUUUACAAUAAGAGUCUCCUGGUUUCCUUCUCAUUCCAACCAUGAUAUACAGUAAGCUGAUGUGCUGUACAAGGGCCUUUCCUUCUCAUUCCAACCAUGAUAUACAGUAAGCUGCUGUGCUGUACAAGGGCCUUUCAUUCUCAUUCCAAACAUGAUAUACAGUAAGCUGCUGUGCUGUACAAGGGCCUUUCAUUCUCAUUCCAACCAUGAUAUACAGUAAGCUGCUGUGCUGUACAAGGGCCUUUCGUUCACAGCGCCACCUGGCAAGACAGCUGUGUGUGUCAAUAUUCACCUCCUAACAAUCAAUUUUUUCAUCAAGGAGGGAGGUGACUUCUGGGUAAUGAUGGGUUUUGACUGAGAGCAAAAGUGUAUGAAAUCUCCCCUGCAGCUAUUGGUCGAUUAGAGUGUCAGUCAAACUGCAGCCUAUUCCAAACAGACAGAUGGGCUUUCCCUUCUUCCAUCUGGAACCCCUCUGGUCAUGAUUACCCACAGUGCACUGGAGUGUGAGGCCAGCUAAAGAGCAUUGGCCUGCCUCUCAGUCUACAGUGCAGAGAGCAUCACAACACCCUCUAGGACUCUUUACUAUUGUGUAAACUUCUGGCCCACUAGACAAUGCACAUGUUUCAGUUGGCAGACUCAUUAUUUCUAUAUGCUACACACCAUUGUGUUUGCGUCACAGUUUACAUCUGAAGGAACUUGUGAUGCAACCAUACUGGUUGAUUAUGACAAGAGGCCGGACAAUUUCUGUAGUAACUUGGAUCAAAAAGUCAUAUCAUGCCCCCCCC